ACCUCAUAUUUAUCCAACAUCCAGCUGCUUGCGGCCUGCAUCCGCUCUAGAACCUUGGCGAGUAUAGGUGCUAAGGAGUGUUAUUGGUUGUGAAAUACUUUGCUGCACAGGUCGAAAUAACUUCCCAGUUUUGAUGACGCCACCAUCGAGGUCAGCAUGACGACUGCUCCUCGUAGCCCGCAAAUCAAUUCCAACAGAGUACGAGCCCAGGCGAAAUGACGACAAUUGUGCCACGAAAGCUCCUCUUUUAAAUCGAUGUUAGCGGGGAUGGAUCUCGUUUUGACGUGUCGAUCAUCGAACUUGGUUAUCCAGUGCCCGAUCAGAUCAGCUAUUGAUCAUUCUUCCCUGGAGCUAUAAAGAGCGGAACUGCCAUAAUUCUUGACACUAACGAACACCGCGAAUUUGCACUAUUCAAGAUGUUCGACUCGAUGUUGUCUCAUACGAAGCGCCCGUUUCCCUUGCCUACUUCGACCUCGUCGGUAGGUCCAGUACCUACCGUUAUUCCCGGGGAUACUCCCAUCUUCCAGGAACUCGGAACGACUGGCAAGCGGACAUUAUGGGUGGUUACGGUUCUCAUGGGACUCUCGUCACUGGUCUUCUACACGCUUAGUGCUCGGGUACCAUUGUCGAAGCGCGUCUUCCACACACUGGUCUCCAUCAUGACCACUGUCUCAUUCCUCGUCUACCUUGCCCUCGCAACGGGAAGCGGCAUGGCCUGGAAACACGACUCUCUCAAGCAUACCCACAAGCAUGUUCCAGAUACCACGCAGGAUUACUUCCGCCAGGUAUUGUGGCUACGCUACCUCAACUGGUUCGUGACCGAGCCACUCAGCCUCAUCAACCUGGCGUUGGUAUCGGGCCUUCCUGGCGCGCAUUUGCUCGUCGCCAUUGCUGCUGAUUAUGUUAUGCUGGGCUCCGGACUGCUUGGCACCUUUGUGGGCCACACAUCGCGCAGAUGGGUCUGGUUCACCGUCAGUGCUCUGGGAUACCUGACGACGGUUUACCAUAUUGCCAUCAAUGGAGGCAAGGCAGCCAAUAACAAGGAUGCACAGACUAGACGGUUCUUUGCGUCUUUGUCUGGUGUGACUUUGAUUGUCAAAGUGCUGUACCCAGUUGCUCUCGCGGCAGGCGGCCUGGCUUUGAGGAUGAAUGUCGAUACCGAGACCGUUGUCUUCGCCAUCUAUGACAUUUUCACUCAGGGCUUACUUGGGUACUGGUUGAUCCUCGCACAAGACAGUUCCCAGGGAAUAUCUCUCUACGUUGACGGAUUCUGGUCUAAUGGCAUCGGAAACGAAGGAGCUAUUCGGAUCAGCGAGGAGGACGGAGCUUAAAGCUUAAAUACCUCGUGAAACAAAUGACCCCUGGGUUCAGCAACGAUUGCACAGAAGUGCAAAUUCUUAUGACGAAGCGCUCUAGUGAGAGCAUGAAAGGCGGACUGGGUUUCUGAGAACAUACACUGAUAUCAGUGUCUUGUCUCUCCCUUGAUGAAUUGCUAUUCUGUGUGCGAGUGUAUCCGCAAUUAGUCGGUCCAAGUGUUCCCUAGCUUUGAUGAUCAGUGAUGAAGGAAUGUAUAAUACAUUUUUGAUAGUCGAAC